CUACUUCUGAACUUCUACUGACUGACUACUGACUGACUUGUUUUCAAUUUGCGUCUCCGUUUCACUGUCUCCAGACACUGGUUUUCCAGUCUUGGCGCCUAUGUUUCGACUCAACAUCAAGUUCAUGUAGUAGUCUUUACAAGCAAGCUGACGUUAUUGUUCUAAAAUGGUCGAUCCAAUUUUCGACUAUCAGUUUCGUCUGAUUUUAAUAGGAGACAGUACCGUUGGGAAAAGUUCUUUGUUGAAAUAUUUCACUGAUGGGAAAUUUGCUGAGCUUUCAGAUCCAACUGUUGGAGUGGACUUCUUUGCAAGACUCAUAGAAGUAGAGGAUGGCAGGAGAAUAAAACUGCAACUAUGGGAUACAGCAGGCCAAGAGAAGUUCAGGUCAAUCACGAAAUCAUACUACCGCAACUCAGUUGGUGCUCUUCUUGUCUAUGACAUUACCAAUCGCAAAAGCUUUGAACACAUUCCACGUUGGAUGGCUGAAGCAAAGAGGCAUAUUGAGCCUCACCGACCUGUCUUUGCCUUGGUUGGAUGUAAGUUAGACUUAGUUAAAAAUAGUUCCAAUGCUCGGGAGGUUACAGAAGAGGAGGCUGCAGAAUUUGCUCAAACUCACAGUAUUCCACAUAUUGAAACCUCUGCUCGUACUGGACAUGGUGUAGAAAUUGCUUUCCGCUCUGUCACCCAGGAAGUUUAUGAUCGUAUUCUGUCUGGAGAGUACUCAGUUGAAGAUGGAUGGGAUGGGAUAAAGUCAGGGUUUUCUCGCCCAAGUGGCAUAGACUUCAGCCUAGAGGAAGCGGAACCUGCUCGGUCCUCAUGUUGUUAAUUUUGAUACAGUUAAUUUAAACUAUUGACUCUGCUUUGUUGCCUUGUGACAUCUUUGUCCAUUUAAAAUGAUAAAAGGAGGUAAAAUUUUUCUGUGGAAAAUUUAUACUUGGCUAUACAUAUGCACCAAGGAUUGUGAUUUAAAAUCUGGGCUGGAUCCAGUAAGUGCUGCAUUUUGUUAGUUGCUAUGACUGCAUUAACUCUCUGAUUUUGUACCAAGCCUUGCAGCUAACUUUGCGGAAUUGUUCACAUAAUUUUAUUUACUCUUUUUUAUAUGUAUUCUGACCUCACUGAAGACACACCAAAGAAGUGAAAAAUAGUGGACAGUAAGCAAUAGUUUCAACCAAUAAUGUUGUAAUUGAUUUGCUCAUUCUUUUAAAAGUUUAAAACGAUAAUCAACUUUGAAGUUUGUGUUAUCUAUUUGAUGGCUUUUAUGAAUUUAUUAUCCUCUGUAGUAUUUGAUCAGUAGGAUGUAUAUGUAUUAUGUUCUUUAUUUGUAUAAAAAUGUAGACCGUAGGGUAUAAUCAAAAGAACUGUUCGACAUAUUUGAGACAUAUUUGUACAAGUUAUUGAUCAUUUGGUGUCUUGAAGCCAAGUUUUUUUCUAAGUGUCUGGUUUUUUGAUAAUGAUAAGAACUUGAAGGUAUUUGAUUUCUAUCUUUCCUUGAAUUGUUUGUGCAUCAUGGUUGAAUUGGUCAAUUAUUUAUCAUACAAAACGCAUUCUUAGUUUUUGCUCUAAAUUAUGUGGGUUUUUGUUUCUUCUUAAUGACAUUUUCAAGAAACUAAUCGCUUAGUUUUAUGUUUACUCAUUGAGUGUGCCAAAAAAUAACAUUUUCACUUGCUGCUUUGUAGAUUGUGCCUUUGACACAAACAAAAUAGGAGGUCAAAUCCAUAUUGCGUGACCGCUUUUUAAUUAUUUUUUUUCUAAAGCCGAUAUGUCACACACUAUGUUAAUUACAUGGGCAAAUUCAGGUUAGCUCAUUGAGGUCACAAAGGGGAGGAGGGAAAAAUCGGCUGUGCAAUAUGGGUAUGGCCUCCAACAAGAACAAAUGAUGCAGUGAUAUAUAUCAUUUAAUUUUAUUUGAUGAUGCUUUGGAGUUUUACCAUUAGUUUUCCUCCCAGUAGUAAAAUAUUCGCCUUUUAUUUAUUAUGUACCAGUUCCCACCAAAUUCCGGUAACACAGUAUGCUAAUGCACUUAGAUGGGAUUGUUUUGUAAUUUUACCAUUUAUUUAACUAGUCAUUAACUCAUAGAUUUUAAAUGGUGGUUUGAAAUUCAAGUAAACUAGCCACAGAUUUAUAAUGUAGGUGUGUUGUUCUGUUGACAAAGUCUGUUGAGUGCUGAAGGCAGAAAUUUGAACAUUCAUGUUCUAAGUGAAAGUCUGUCCUGUCAUUAUUGAUUUCCUUGAACUGUGUAACAACAAUUGUCUGAAGCAUUCUACUUAAUGAAUUUCAAGGAUCAUUAAUAUUUGCAUUACAGCUGCUACAAAUUCAAGAUGUGAUAUGUGAAAGAUGUCUUUCCUUCCCAUGGCAGGUAAUCCCUGUAGUGAUAGGUCAUCCAAGCAUAACAAAUGUUACCAAACUUUGUAUGAGCAAGUAUAACUUGUUUGGGUAAGGUUUCUUUUAUUAGUAGAGGAUAGCAUAAGGCUUCUGUGAUUAGUUCAUUUGUGAAGUGGCUUGUAUAUUUUCAUAAAUGGUGACAUAAAGAAUCAUGUCCAAUGAGGAGAGGCAAGUUUCGUUAUUAAAAUACAAAGAAAACACAA